AUGAACUCCAUCCACGACCCCCACGUCCACAAGCGCACCUCCAUCACCGAGCUCCUCAACCCCGUCGCCGUUCCCUCUGCCCCCCCUCUCGAUCCCGCCGCCUACAGCUCUACCCAGCUUCCCGGCCUCUCCUCCUUCCUUCCCCCCGCCCAUUCACAGCAUGUUCACCCCCACUCCUACCCCCAACCCAUCAAUACAUCCGCCCCCUCUGCUGCCUUUAGCCUCAGAGCAGCAAGCUGGGAUCAGGCCACAAAGGAUAACAACAUGCCCUCCACCAUGCGGCGCCAGGAUUCCGAUCCGGCCUCGUGUCGGUACUCCUCCUCCUCCUCCGUCCCGCCCCACCACCCAAUCUACCACCAAGACCCGUUCUCCAGACCCGCGAGACAACUCGAGGAGACGCCCAAUUACGGCAUGGAUGUCCAAAAUUGGCCUACUUCUUCCGACCAAGCAAAUACAUCUUAUCCUCCCCUGAUAUCGCCUAUGUAUUCGGACGAGCGCACCGCCCUCUCUGGCGAUUCCGUUCCAAAGAAUUAUCCACCCCAGCAGUACGAUCAGGACAUGGUCGCCCAGCAAUAUGCAGCGAAUGGUUAUUUUCCAGUCAUGUUGACAGACCCAGCUUCUCGUGGAUCCAUGCCUCCCUCCGUUCCCUCGCAACGCGGCCAGCCCACGCCUCCUGCGUACUUCCCGCCCCAUAUGAAUGUCGCGUUCGCCGCCAUCCCGUUCGGGCCACCGCCACCCACCGCGCAGAAAAGACCCAUGGAAUCACCGGGCGAGGACGGUGCUCCUCAACCAAAAGUCAAGAAGACGAGGACCAAGGCAAAGCCGGAUGGCACCGCUUCAAGGCGUGGCUACAACGCCAAGAAGCGCAGCGAGGCGGCGCAAAUCGCGGCACAAAAUGCGCACUUGAUGCCAACAGUGUCGUAUGCACAUGUGUCUGACGACAAGGGCAAAGAGAAGGCGACAGAUAAUAAUACGUCUGCUUUGGGAAGUACGAUGAGGAUUGUUGCCGACGACGGCCAACCACAUCCCGAAUCGUCUGGACCUUUGCAUCCCGAGCUGCAAUUUGCGCGCUGUAUGUCCAACCGAUAUCGCUCUGAAGAGUUCCCGCGAUGCGUAUCUUGCACACGGCGAUGGGCGGGAGACACGUGUCGUUUCCAAGGUAUACGUUUCUUCUUGAAAAACGAGAGUAACCAGAUAGUUGGCAUCAGCUUUGUGGAGAGCCAGAAGCCGGAUUCGCCCACCAUGCAUUUCCCCGUCAAGUGGAACAUCCCUUUGCAGCCGUCUCAUUUGAGGCGGUUAAAGCGCACGGUCGCGCAAGCACUGCUGCCGACGCUGCAGCAGGAACUCAAGCACCUCAACCUCGCCGAGAUCAUCCGACGCCCGAGAGAAAGCGAAGUGCGCGCUACGUGUGAUACGUGCAUGACAUCUAUCUUUUCCACCAGCUGGAUGUGCCGGUUGUGCGGUCGGGAGGCUUGCGCGGAAUGUUACGAGCAAGUAAGGGAGCUCACCACUGAUCGUGUCGGCGCGCCCGAAGCCGAGGUUGCAGCCCUGCAAGCGCGACGAGAGAAGCAUGCGCACGUCAAUCCGUUCUUCCUGUCCUGCACGAGGCGGAACGAGCAUCAAGCGAAGGAUUUCUCUCCCAUGUCGCGGUUCUGCAAGGCUGAGCUCUCGCAGGCGAUUACCGAAAUGGAGGCACUACUCGCCGAAUCAGAUCCGGAUGCACUGCCCGCUGAAGGGUCGCCAGCGAACGGUUCUACCCCCGCAUCUUUGUCGGGCGAAGCCUCCAGCGGCUGGUCAGCGCCUGCGAAACCCGCCAACGGAUCCGAUUCGGCUUUCCCAGCGCCACCUGUCAACGUCGCCAUCCCACCGGACCCGUCCACGUUUGCGCCCAAUGGCACGCUCGCGGCACCGCAGGCCACAAAUGGGUCCCCGACGAUCCCCUCCCACGAGACGUUGUACUAUACGGAGGUGGAACUGUCCGACGACACAUUCCGGCGCGUCUGGGCGAAAGGCGAGCCGCUCGUGGUGACGAACUUGCUGCCGAAGUUCCAUGUCCAAUGGACGCCGGAGUACUUCAGCACUAAGUACGGCACACAGAGCUGCUUGAUUCUCGAGUGCCAGACGGACCAGAACAAGCGCGUUACGGUAGGCGAGUUCUUCUCGUGGUUCGGGAAGUACGAAGGCCGCCGCGAUUGCUGGAAGUUGAAGGACUGGCCGCCUUCGACGGACUUCAGGACGGCGUUCCCGGAGUUGUUUGAUGACUUCAGUCAGGCGACUCCUGUGCCCAACUAUGUCCGCCGUGAUGGGGUGUUGAAUCUAGCGUCUCAUUUCCCCAGUAAUACUGUCGCGCCCGAUCUCGGUCCGAAGAUGUACAAUGCCAUGGCAUCGUUCGAGGCGCAAGGGAGCAAGGGCUCGACGCGGCUGCACAUGGACAUGGCGGACGCCAUCAACAUCAUGCUGUAUGCGAACACGACGCCCGACGGCCGCCCCGGCUGCGCGGUGUGGGACCUGUACAAGGCGGAGGACUCGAUAAAGCUGCGCAAGUUCCUACGGAAAAGGUUCAAGGGCCAAUUCCAGCACGACCCUAUACAUUCGCAGCUGUUCUACCUCGACUCGACGCUUAGACAGGAGCUCUAUCAAGAGUAUGGCGUCAAGAGCUAUAGGAUAUACCAGAAGCCCGGGGAGGCGGUCUUCAUCCCCGCGGGGUGUGCGCACCAGGUGUGCAACCUCGCAGACUGCAUCAAGGUCGCGAGCGACUUUGUGAGCCCGGAGAACAUCGAGCGGUGCGAGCUGCUCACGCGCGAGUUCCGCGAGCAGAACCAGUCGAUGGCUUGGAAGGAGGACGUGCUCCAGCUCCGAACCAUGAUGUGGUUCGCGUGGCUCUCCUGCAGGCGCCAGGAGAGGGACGCGGAUGCGUGA